AUGACUCUAUUCAAUAAUGCUAUAACAGCGUGCACAUCUCGAUUGUUGAGUAUGAAAACUAUGGGGGUAUCUUCUUUUGGAAUGGUAUUUUGCAGAACGCUGAUGAAGACUCAUAGGGGUGCUUUAAAAAGAUGGCGUCAAACUAGUACUGGUUUCAAGAGGGGUAUUGCAGGUAGAAAGCAUGGUAAUAUUGGGUGGUCACAUCGGUCUUUAAAAAGUCUUACAGGUAGAACUGAUGCUCAUCCUACACAAAUGAAACGUUUGAGAAGGCUAAUGCCUUAUAAAUAA